AUGUCAUUUGUGCAAAAUGCAGCAACUUUAGUUGUUGGUCAGCUAAUAACUAAACUCUUUACCUUCUCCUUAAACCAGUUACUUUUAUCAUAUACAUCACCCAAUGCGUUAGGAAUCUCACAACUAAUUGAAUUUGUGAUUGACUAUAAUCUUUUCUUGUCACGAGAAGCAUUAAGAUUAACAAUUCCCAAGUUGCCGAAUGAUGAAUCAAAGAGACAGUUUGUUAUUAAUUACUCAUAUGCCAGUAUACCAUUGCUUUUGGUGUUUGGGGGACCCGUGAUAUAUUGGAAAAUUGGAAAGAUUGAUAAUGAAGCAUUGGAAUUUCUUUCACCAUUGGGUAUCAACCAUAUUCUGCUAAUGAUAUUUUUAUCAUUAGUAUUAGAAUUAUUAGCAGAACCUUACUACAAUGUGAAUCAGCAUAUUAUGCUUGAUUUCAAAACAAGGACAAGAAUCGAAACUACAUCCGGUUUUAUUAAAUGUAUUAUUCAGUUCAUAUCCACUAUCAAAAUUACACCUCUUAUGGGAAUGCAAAGAGGAGAUGUAAACUCAUAUGUCUUAGGCUAUUUAAUGGGACAAUUGAGUUCCUCACUUUCACUUUACGUUUUAUAUUUGAUUCAUUUUCGGCAGUUGAUGAAGCCUUCUGUUGUGGAAGACUCAUUUACUGAAAGUAUUACUACAAAAUAUUUCAAAUCUAUAUUUGUCCAGCAAAUAUUCAAAAACUUUUUGACUGUAGGUGACAAGUUUGUGAUUACUUCUCUUUUAAACUUUGAGACUCAAGGAUACUACUCGUUUAUCUCUAACUACGGAUCUUUAAUCGCUAGGAUGUUAUUUGCUCCAAUUGAGGAAUCAACCAGAAUCACUGUGAAUACUUUUUUCAAAUCCAAUAAAGAUAAAAGGUCGGAUUUUUUGCUCUUUCAAGGGUGUGUUUCCAAUGUAUUAAAGAUAUAUGUAUAUCUUCUAACUCUGUUGAUCAUUUUUGCUCCGCUGAAUACAAAUUUCCUAUUAUCGUUAGUUUUCAAAAACUUUAUUACGGAUUCAUUAGUAAUAACUUUCAAGUGGUAUUGGGUGUACUUGUUAUUCUUAGCCUGUAACGGUAUAUUGGAGGCAUUAUAUCAAUCCUUAUUCGCUUCAAAGGAAAUGGUAAAUAAAUAUUCAGCAUUUAUGCUGAUGAAUUCCAUCAUGUUUUUAACUACAUUGACUGUUUUUAUCAGUAAAUUUGAUUUGGGUUUGCAAGGUUUAAUCUGGGGAAAUAUGAUAAAUAUGAGUUUCAGAAUAGGAUAUUGUUUCUAUUAUGUAAUUCAAUUUAUCAAAUUCAAAGAGAAUUCCUUGAAAGUUCAUUUUGAUGUUGGAUUUGCAAGCUACGUUCCAUUUUUGACGGCUGCUGGCAUGUUGACCCUAUUUCAAUAUCUUUACUUUCAUGGAGAAGUUCAGAGCUUUAGACAAUUUAUAAUAUCUGGAGUAUGUGGAAUUUUUUUGGUCCUUAUAGCUGUAGUAGCGGAAUACCAGGCAAAAAAAAAGAAAUCAAAAAAUGAUUAA